GGUGUGUAUCUCACUGUGAUAUUUUCCCACUUAUGAUCUAGUGUGUGUCUAUGUACAUAAUUGAUAAUAUUUUAUAUAAACCAUAGAAAUCUUUAAGACAUAUUCCUGCAUUUAAUAUGAGAUUUGUCGUAAUUUUUUCAUUGUUACGGGCACCUAUUACGUACACAGUCGGCUGCGUUCAGCAGAACUCAGCGCUUAGCAAGUGCUUCGCGAUUAUUGCUUUUCAUUGGUAUAUACUUUCAUAUUUGCAAUAUGAUUUAAAGUAAGGGACCAAUCACAGACAAUAAGCGCAAAGCGCAUGCUGAUGGUAUGCUUUUGUUUUUCUGUUCUUUUGUUUUAUUACCGUAACCGAGCGCGGAACGAUACUUAUUUGUAUCUGUGCGCACUGCGCAGUACAUAUAUACUUAUAGCACGGAGUGCUUUGUUCAACGACGUACUGACUGCCACUCCCGCCGAAAGCGAAAGUGUUAAAAAAGAUCUACAGAAACGUGUAAGAUAAUACUCUGUUAUACACAAAAGAAUGCUAAUUAUGUUGCAUUACGUACCUUUUCGAGUUUCAUUAUUGCGCGCAGCAGAAGGACUCGGUGCAGUCGACAAAACCACAUCUGUAACCAUAUGGUCAGAUUCACCUGUCAGGAUUAGGUUAGGUUAGGUUCCAAUUUGCCGGUAAUUCCCGAUCUGUCGAUUUCCACGACCGUCCUGACAGAAGGUAUAUCCGUCAACGAGAGUAGAUAACGAGGAGAACAGACAAACACGCGACAGAGAAGUAAAACAGCAACUUAUUUGGCUAUGUUUCGACGUGCAUUUACGUCGAGUUUUCGCCGUAUAUCGAUAAAUGAUAACAUUCAAGAAAACCGCAGUGAAAAAGAUGAAUAAAACCAAACUGUUGCAGUUGCUAUCACGAUUGUGGAAUGGACCUAACGGCGUGCUUGCAGGUAAACAGGCUGAGGAAAGAAUGAUAACCAUUCUCAGAAAUAGGUUUCCUAAAGCCGAGGUGAUUGAGGUUACUGAUGUAUCAGGAGGCUGUGGUGCUAUGUUUGACAUAAAUGUGGUUGCCCCAGAAUUUAAAGGACUAAACACAGUGAAGCAACAUCGAAUUAUUAAUGAGGUUCUCAAGGAGGAGAUCAAAGAUAUGCAUGGUCUUCGAAUACGUACAAGUGUUCCACAAUUGUAAAUUUUGAUAUGACAACUUUGUGUCGCGUUAGUUUCACAAGAGCAAUACUUAAAUACUGAUCUAAAUAAGAUCGCACAAAUCUUGAAGAGAUUGACGUUAUACACAUAGGUAUUUUGAUAUAAUUUGUAUAUAAAAAUCUUAUGAAAUGUUAUUAAAAACAACUGUGAAUGGAAAAUGAGAGAAGAGAAAUUACUUAAAAUAUCAGGGAAACGAAGGAUAAAAAUGUGACAUUAUCGGUCGUUUCCCAGUUUCUGUAGUUUCGUAAAUUUGCAUAUUUUUUGAUCCACACUUGAUUCAAACACGAGAAUUUAUCCACUAGAAUAGUCGAAAAUAUAUUCUAGAUUCAAUAUGAUUUUAACAGCAAGUAAUCACUCUGUAAUAGAUUUUAAAUUAGAGAAAGAUGUGAAGAGGGAGAUAAAAUGUAAUAAAAACUGAA